UUUUGCUGAUCCUUUUGUCAAAUGUACUCACGUUAGUCACUUUGUCAAGGAAAGUUCCGAUGUUCAACUGAACAGCUCUUAUGAGGUCAUGAUCGACAUCCUUCUGUACAGUAGAGUACCACAAAGCACUGUGUUGUGUUCACCAUCGAGCCUAUACUGUACUACUGGAGAUAAUCUUUUGUUCAACCCACUCACACGGCCCAAUAGUGUCUCAUACCUCAAACGAACGAGCUAGGACAGGACGACAAGAUACUCGUAUUCCCAACAAUCAACCAACGAGGCUUUUUCUUUUCCCAGAAAGAGAGAUCGAAAACCUUUCCCUUUUCAAGCUCGUCUCAAGAAAUUAUUGAUUGGACGAGCUGAAGCUGAGUCAGAAUGCUCACCAAUCCAUGUCGCGCUUCUAGACCUCGAACGACUGAACUCUCCACACCUCGUUUGGGCCUUCACUCGAUCUAUUGUUUUGGUGCACAGGACCAGGACGGCACAAAGUAAUGACUACAGUACAGCUCCUCACUGGUUGUGCCAGGGCUCGCCUGGAACUUUGGCUUAUCGUCGUACAAAACCUUCAUUCUAUCAGGGAUCUCUCAGCUAUUUCCUCACUUGGGAAACCGUCAAUUUCCCCUCCAAGGAUUCUUCCAAAAGCUUAGAUUGUGUAAUGGUCAGGUUCGCCUGUCUGCAGCUUCCUGACUCAUCAUCCAUUUCGGAACCUGCAGUCUCUUGCGAAGUACGUCCAGUGUGGAACCCUCACCGCUGUCCAGCCGUUUUGUUGUAUCGGGGACUUUAUCGAUACCUAUCUCUCUCUCUCUCUCUCUCUCUCGGAACGAACGGUCACAGUCCACCAGUGACGCACUUGAUCACGGAAUCCAAACACCAAAGCAAAAUACGCGAGGUCUACUACCAAUACGAGUCGUAGAAUGCAUCCCUUGUUUGCAUAACGACGCAGAAAAGUUGGAAUUUUCCACGCAAGAUGUUCAGUAAAUCCGAGUUGGCAAUCUCCGGGGCUGCGUCUCUGAUUUUGGAUGAUUUGCUAAUCGCCCUGCCUCUGCGGAACCCCCUUGUCAUUGGUACAGCAUAAGCACGUACUACUGGGAAAAAGAGUUCACCCCAUCCCAUGUGAAGGUCAAGGCCACCUGCAGCUUUGUGACGCCUCUCGAUAAAAUCUCCACGAGAGUCUAAGUCAAAGGUUGACAAUCGAAACACACAUUUGAACCAUCCUGGGUGGGCCACGGUUGCGUCGUGCUUCUUUUGCAUUCUGGUUUGCACUUGCAUCGUUCUCAUAUACCCUCCCUUCGGUUGGACUGCCGCAUAUUGCGCUUGUUGCGGAUACGAAAAAGGUAAUGGUUGAACUACUUUCGGCACGAUUCGUGUUUAUUCAAUAUUACGUGGAAUCAUGAUCCUUGACUUUGAAGAGGAUGCAAUCGUCCAAACAAGGCGUCGAGUGUGUGUGUGUGUAAUGGACCAUUACUCUGACAAGCUUCGAUGGUGUGUUUUGACUAUACAGAAUAUGGUGUUGUACGUACCGAGGACCAAACAAUUCCCCGGUUUCAUGCCAUGUCAUCUAGCUAUCAAGAAACCUUUUUUUCCGAGACCGUUUCCCUAUCGAUCGGCACCGUCCAGCCCAAGGUAGGAAAUCUCGCAACAUCCAGACGUCGAUGCUUUUGGGGGGGUGGAGUUCGAGAUUGGUGCUAUUUCAUGCGAGCUGAGCUGAUUCACAGACUUGGAUGGGGAGAAUAUGACCUCGCUUCGAUUAAGACAUCCAUUCCGAAGCAAACAAGUUCUGUCCUCCAAUACUGAUGAAUACUGGUUUGGGAUCGCUUUUUUUUCUUUCGAUGGCUCAGAACACCAUCCUUGUGGGGAAAACGUGAGACAGACCUUUUCUCAAAAUAUUUUUGUCGUACCAUAUUGGCAAAAGUUCGAACGCAGGAUCACAACCGUGUAUAUCACGAGAGGUUUACAAGGGUCUGCCUGCCUGCCUUGUAUUUCAUUUUAUUCCAUCUCCACGGACCGGAGCACGAGUUGUGUUAUCAGUCAGCAAUCAUACAAGAGUACAAGGUAAUCUUCUUUCAGGCCGGUCGAUAUGAUAUUGUAGAAGUACUACAUCGUCUACAUCGUCCUCGAUUUGGUUCAAUGCAUUGCCUUGAGUCAGAGACUUUACUCCGUGCCACACCAAGUACAUCCUGUCUACAGUAGGUGUUAUAGAAAUGGAACUCAAGUUGUCAGGCGGAGCGAAACUUGACGGACCUUUACGAACGAUUACCCAAAGAUGGAGUCCGUUCCACCUUGGUGCAGGUGAUGGUAGGCUCUCGUAGGAGAGAGUUACUUACUGUACAUGAAGUUUUUGGACCAGAGGAAGGGUGGUACGGGGGAGUACAGAUAGAUUCAUGAUACCUGACCUAGUUUGUCAUAGAUAGUUUACCCUAUACCCCCUACACACGAGCGAAUGGGAAAAGGGGGUGUGUAUGAGGAAC